UUUUGUAUUCACUGCAAUAAGUGCAUCAUUACUUUUAAUUACUUGUACACAGAAGUCAAUGAAUUUGUCAUGCUAUGAUCAAAAGUUAAUGUUAAAAUACAUUAUAUAUUUUCAUAGAUUGUUUUACUAUUUAUGCUUACAAACAUCAUUAAAUUGAAAACUUACAUCAUUUGAUAUCACUGAACAUUAAAAUAUACUAGUUACACUGAAAUAAACAAACACAGAUUUAUCAUUAUAUUAUUACAAAAGUCAUUAAUUCAAUUUAAUUGACGAUUCAGACUUUCUCUAUUAUUAUCUAAAUCAUACAAAUUGACAUUAAAACGUCGAUAAAAUAUGUUGUCUCUGUCAUAUUAUUAUUCAGUAUGAUUUUGCAGGAUUGUUAAGGCUUAAUUGGCCCUCUUUUAAAAGCGCAUUCAAUGCGCUCUUCAGCUUUAAUAUUUGUGCAAAGAUGCUCGGAACUUAGUCUAUCUUUAUUCUGAACACUGGCACCAGAAUUUCGGAUAUUUAGAGUGAUAUGAAUUCGUCUUAUAUAUUUUGGAACUGUUUUCGAAACUGAAGAAAUCACAACAUUACAUAGUGACAAAUGAUUAUAAAUGGGAGGGGAUGUUUUUCAAAUUUGAAAACUAAUAAGCUUCAGUUUUUAUAGUAUUAUUUCAAAGAAGAUCUAGCGGCGAGGAAUUGGAUUAUCUUCAAGUGAGCUUCUGUAUUCAAUAUAUAGAACAGUGUAUAAGUACAAAAAUGCACCGGACUCGGAUUAAAAAUGAUUGUAAGGAAUUUAUCAACAAAAAUGGUCUCUGCACUGAGGGUCAAGGUCACGGACAAGAUGCAGACGACAACGGAAACCACGCAGUCACAGUUGAGCUCGAACCUAGGACUUCCCGUGAGUACAAUGACUACACAGGGAUGGAAAUUUACCGCCAGUUGAGGCCACUGCUUAUAUGUAUGCGAAUGUUUGGCCUGUUCUUUAAACGGACUACUUUUCGAGGCCGUAACAACAAACCGCAAAUGGAAGUUAUUGUACUGUAUUGUUUUAUCGUUAAUUUUCUAAUGGUGAUGAACGUUCUAAGGUCAUUUACUGUCUACAGAGUCGCGGAUGAAUUUGACAAUGUUCUUGUACAGAGAUUGCUUUUCACAAUAUGGAGCACUGAAUGUACGUUUAAAGGCCUUUUACUGAUGUGGAACUGUUACAAACAAAAUGGCCUCCCAAAGUUUUUCCACGAAUGGGACAACACAUGCGGUAAUGUCAAACUUAACAAAAUGUGCCGUUUCAUGAUGAAGAAAUUUCUGUUUCUUACGUUUAUAUUUAUAAUUUUCAAUUCGGUCGUGUUUUCUCUAAUCCUCGUAUACGUACCGAUAUUGAAAAACAUUUACCUUGAAGUGGUUUGGAAAAAUGCCGUGAUGUAUGAAGACCAUGCUAUUUUUAAAACCAUACUUGGGAUUCUGGCUGUGUUGAAUUCAUCCUCCUCAAUGUUUCCGGUGUCCUUGUUUGUUGUUUUAUCGUUUGCUGUCGGUGAGCAGUUAAAGAAAUUCACCGACGACCUUGCCACUGCAAUCGCCGAUGAUGAUUUUAAUGGAAGAAUAGAGGACUUCCGGUUACGUCAUCAAAGUUUGGUGACUCUGGUUGACAUUUUGGACCGCAUAUUCGCACCUAUGAUUGCUGCAGUAUUUAUUGCGAAUAUUCCAAUGUUUUGUCUGGUUUUAUACACAAUGGUGACGACAAUUGAUAUUCAUAUAUCUUUAGUGCUGAUAAACCUUUUCUGGCUGUGCUUUAUUCUCCUGCAGAUGACGAUCGUGUCGGUGACAGCAGCUUGGGUUAAUGGCAAGGCACAUUCUCCCUUAGAUCACAUUUACAGUAUUCGAUUCUCGGCAACAUCAAACGAUGUACAAUUACAAAUGUUGCUAUUUUUAAACCGUUUGACGGGCACUCAGAUUGGACUUACAGCCAUGAAAAUGUUUGUGAUAGAUAAGCCUACCAUUCUGACAGUUGCAGGCAUGAUGGUCACGUACUUUGUUCUUCUGAUACAGUUUAAGAUGCCGGUGUCUGCAGACUGCCAUUGUAACAUGACUGGGACAGUUUUCUUGAACAAUGCCACAUUAAUUGUGUCACAAAUAUCUUGAUGUGUCACACAGAA